CGGCGCUGUGAGGUCAUAUGCGCGCGCCGCGCUCUCGCUCCCGUGAUUGCGGCUGAAGAAAGGUGGAAAACAGAAGAAAGUGUCCAAACACAGAACCAUUCCUGGUGGAUCGGCUCUCAUACUAUCACAGAGAUGGCGUCUAUUAAAGAGGAGAGCGAAGAGAUCAAGAUUGAAGAAGUGUUCAGAGUCAAGCUUGAAGAUACUGAGCAACAAACGGUCCCAAUGGCGUUCAAAAAGGAAGAUCAAGAACUGGAUGAAGAGCAGGAGAAAGAUCAGUGCAGUAUGCAACAGGAUUUCAUGACCGGCGAAAAACCCAGACAGGCUGAAAAGAUCUUGUCUCGAAAAGAGCUCAGAAGACCAAACCCAACCGGACAGCGAAACAAAACCGCCAGGUCCAGAAGAGCGCUCCCACUGGAGAGGCGGCGUUUGCGUGCGACCAGUGUGGAAAGAGCUUCUCAGACGCCAAGCGCCUUAAAAGACAUGUACCGAUUCACUCCACAGAGAAACCCUUCACGUGCCAGCAGUGUGGGAAAACGUUCAAGUUGAACAAAUACCUCUUGACUCACAAGACGGUCCACACCAAAGAGAGGCCCUUCACCUGCACACAGUGCGGAAAGAGCUUCUCGCAAGAGGCACAUCUGAACAAUCACUUGAAGGUCCACGCCAGACAGAAGUCCAUCGCGUGCCAGACGUGCGGAAAGAGUUUCACACACAAAGGAGAUCUUAACACCCACAUGAGCCUUCACACCGGAGUGAGGCUUUACAACUGCAAGGCGUGUGGGAAGAGCUUCUCGUGCAAAGGGAACCUCAACACCCACACAAGAAUUCACACCGGAGAGAAGCCCUACAUGUGCGACCAGUGCGGGAAGAGCUUCAGGUUCAAAGCGACUCUCACCUACCACAUGAGCAUCCACUCCAGAGAAACCCGUUUCCUCUGCCAUCAGUGCGGAAGGACUUUCGCUGACGGCAGCCUUCUCAAGGUUCACGUAACGGCUCACGGCGGAGAGAAGCCGAACAUGUGCCAUCACUGCGGGAAGAGCUUCACGAAGCGCUACACCCUUAAGAAUCACAUUCGGGUCCACACCGGAGAGAAGCCCUUCACCUGUGCCCAGUGCGGAAGGAGCUUCGCCGUUAAAGAAAACCUGCGGACUCACAAGAGAAUUCACUCUGGGGUCAAGCCGUUCACCUGCCAGCACUGUGGAAAGAGUUUCGUACUGAAGGGAAACUUUAAGAGACACGUGUGGCGUCACGAGUGAAAACGGAAGAGUGAAUUAACUGAAGAUGCCUACGGCUUUUUCUGAUGCAUCGCAAUUGACCGUUCACUAAUACCGUUGCCAUGACCUCACACUACGCGUGUGUUUCCACACAGUGAAAAAUACAUCACACAGCAAAGAGAAAGCUGACAACAUGCUGGAGAAGACAGAGCAGGUCACUUCUCACACUAAACAAGGUCUCUGUUUUUUAAUCGUCUCGUUAUUAAAGAAACUAUGAAUACCAUUCUGUGGCUCUUUAACGUGUUGUGAUGGAUCACUGUAUGUUUCGGUUCAAACGUGAACCGAUCGUCUUUUUAUAUUAAAAUGACAUACUUACCGCCAAGGUGUACGUGACUUUUUUUCAGCCAAACGCAUUUCGUGGUUUUAUUCUGGCUCUUCCACGGCUUGGUAAUGCCGGUGAAUACUGCCCCUUAUGUUGAAGCUCCAUAGAUGGCAUAUACAUAUAUAUAUCUGUCGUAAAGCUAACCUUCAUGCCUCCGGGGGUUAGCGCACGUCUUCUGAAGCAGAUUGGUGGGUUUUUGCAAUAAACAUACUUCUAAAGCAAAUCACUGAUGUUCGCGAGAGAGUGGACUUCUGGCUUCUUGGAUGAUGUCAGCGGAAACAUGAAAGUCUUGUACAUCUAGUAGAUUAUGAGCUCAUUUUAAUUUUUGGGCAAACUGUUCUUGUUUCUGUUAAGAGCUAGUGUGGUGUGCAUGGUGUAUCGUCUAUGCUUUUUUUCUUGUAAUAAACAAAAUUACUUCACAUUCUUCUUACGUCUUUUUCACGUUCCUCAAAUACAUUACAAAAAUGAAUAACAUACUGCAUACAACUUACAAAAACAGAAAACUCCUAGGUAGUGGUUGUCUUUUACUACUUUACACAUAAAAGCAUUUAAGAGUGUCACAAUAUGCAUUAAGCAAUCCACUUAUGUCCUUUAAUUUCUUAUAAAAGUUGCAUAAUCACGUGAUUUUCAAUGGAAGUCUCCCAAUAUGGUUAAAUUGGAGGUGCUUCCGAAUAAAAAUUAGAUUUAUAAACAGUAAUUGUUCAAUCGUGGGUAAAAGCUGCAUGCUCAUGUUUGAUAAAUGUGAUUUUUUUACAAACUUUACAGGCUUUAAACACUUCUUUCAAGUAUUUAAAUGAAAACAAUAUUAACCUUUCAAUGUGAAAUUCCCACAGAACGCCUAUCCACCUUGUUCUUUGAAUAAAAGCACUGUUGUCAUAUGUGCGCUAUGAAUUCUGGGUUUUCCUUGGAAACGGAGGAUGCAUUUUUGUAACGUUGCAUUACAAACGUUUUGUAAGAGAGUCGACUAUGAAACACUGAAACGAAAUGGCUGGUGACGGCUGUACAAACGCUACUUUUAUUAUGAAAUUGCAACGUCAAACAAAUGAGUCACUGAGCAAAAAAGUAAAAAUAAAUACACAU